AUGGCGACACAAUGUUCCAGCUGCCAUCACAAACUUCCUAACAGAGAACAUUUAGUCUGUACAAUCUGCAAUAACAUAUAUGAUUUGGAAUGUGCAAAUGUAUCUGUUCAGCACUUUUAUAACACAAUGACAUUGUCACACAAAAAGAAAUGGAAGUGUAAAAAAUGUAAAACUACUAAUAUACCAGAUAGUACACCUAUAACAAAUAAUACAAAAUCUACACAACUAAAUCCUAAUAGCAGCGUCCGGCAAUAUAUUGGUACCCCACAAAGUGAAAGCAACAUCACUAUAAGAAAAAAAGUAGCAUUAUCGAAUAGAUUGGAGAGUUCCGAUAAAUUUCGUGAAACACUACAUUCCAGUAAAAGCAUUGAAAACACAGAACUAAACAUGGUAAGCAUAGAUGAGAUUAUAACUUCACGAUUGGAGGAGAAUAACACAAUUCUUAGUAGCGAUUUAAAAAAUAUAAUGAAAAGUGAAAUUGAUAAAGCUGUAGAAAAAAUAAUAAACAAUCUUAAAGAAAAUUUGGGUCAACCAAUAAACAACAUUUACAAGCAGAACGAAAAAAUAAACACUGAUAUAGAUCAGAUAAAUACAGACAUAGAACAACUUACACAAGAAAAUAAUAAACUAAAAAAAGAAUUACGUGAACUUCAAAUAAAAAUGUCAAACCCAGGGAAUUACUACGAUAAACUUCAAAACAAUAGUAGGAAAAUCGUACUGUAUGGUUUUACUGAAUAUAACAGGGAACAUGAGACCGAUACAUACAAUAGACUACUACAAACUUUUCAAGACAUAGCAAAUAUAAACUUGGUGGGAUACAUUGACGACAUAUAUAGGCUUGGUAAAAAAUAUAAUACAAAUAGACCCUUGGUUAUCGAGUUAUUAAGUAAAAAAAUGGUGAAAUACAUAAUAAAUAGUAGUCGAUAUUUUUAUGGUACUGGAUUAUACAUCUCUGAGUACUUAGAUAGAGACGCUCAAAAGGAAAAAAUGGCUCUGCGAGAACAAAUGUUUCUAUCUAGGAAUAGAGGAAAUCAUGCAAUAAUACGUAAUAAUCAACUAUUUGUGGAUGGAAAAAGGAUUAACUGGCAAAAGAAGGAAAAAACGAUAUUUGAAACUAGCAAUGGCGAAGAGCAUGAUAAUACAGUAGAAUUUAACAAUAGUCAAAUAAACUUAGCAACAAAUAAUAAUAGAAUUAGUACCUUUCGUACCUUUCGCAAAAAUCGAUCCGUGCUUUAG